AUGGCUAAAACCAAAAUCCCGCCCAUUCCCCGUGAGACUCACACUCGCGGCCCCGGUGGUGAUGAACAGAGGAGAUCUAGUGCUCGUAUUAGGCAAAUAGUAGCAAGAGAUAAAGGCAAGCUCGUGCAGAAGAAACUCUUUUUUGGAAAAAAAAUGAAGCCAAUUGAAGCUCGUAAGGCAGUCGACAAAGCUCUACAUGUUACCAAGAACGGAAAUUCGGAUUCCGACGACUUUCAGUCGUAUCAUGGAAAAUUCCCUCCUAAACAAGCCCAGAAACAUAAAAAAAGAAAGAUCCCCAAUUCGGCUGAAAGUGAAGAAUCAGAGGAUUCAGAUUAUCGCGGUGAAACCCAAACCGAAGGAGAUGAUUCGGAAGAAAGAUUGUUCGAUGGCUUCGAGGAUGAGCAAAUAUUCGGAAAAAGAAGCAAAAAAAGGAAGAAGGAGAUCUACAAAGAUGAAGGUCAUUACAAAAAAAAUAGGUCACAAAAAAUUGCGCAAAUGGAAAAUUCUAACCGUGAGUCUCAGAGGGCCAAUGUAUGCAAGGAAUGGGCAUUGCUAAUACCAAAUCCCAGGGAUAUAAAAGUCAAAGUUCUAAACAGUAAUGACAACACGAGAGACGAGUCUACCAUUGCUGAUAUCAAGCUAAUGCUGACUAUGGAACAGUUAGAGUUGUUUAGGGCUUCUACAUUUGGCAAGUUCUUGGAUUUACCCUACUGCAAGGUUCAAAAUCAGCUUAUAAAUCAGAUUCUUUUAAGGGAGGUACGUCAGACAAGGAGCGAUGAGAUUUGGCUUAAUUUUGGAGGGAAAUUUCUUCGUUUUGGCAUAGAAGAGUUUGCCUUGAUAUCUGGAUUGAAAUGUACGGGGCCUUGCAAGAAAUUGAAUAUUCCGAAAGUGUCCAAUGGCUUGUACGACAAGUACUUUUCUGGAGCUGCGUUGAACAGAAAUUUCAUUCGAUGGCAGUUAAAUCAAAAAUAUUGGAAAACUGACGAGGAUGCGGUCAAAUUUGCAAAGUUGCACUUAAUUGCAAAUUUUCUGUUGGGGUCGCAGGACACUCUUCGGGUGGAUAGAUGUUAUGUUGACAUGAUAGAUAGUGCCGAGUGUGAUGAUUAUAAUUGGGGAACUGAGGUUUUUGAGUUUACGAUUCAGCAUUUGAAGAAAUCCAUUCGCUCUCGAGAGCAGAUCCAUAAAUUUGGAAAAAAGGAUAAAGGUAGCCACAUGUACAGAUUAUAUGGGUUUAUCCUUUCUCUCCAAUUUUGGUUCUACGAGGUUUGCAACGCUGCAGAGGGUGUCAUUUGCACACGUGUGGGUGGCAACGACAUACCAAGAAUGCUUAAAUGGGAAGUCCGUGGCAACUUCAAUCGUCUCUUUAAGCAGAGCAUCUUUUCAAAUUUCGAUCCUAGCAAGUUCAAGAACUUGAUACCGACAGAGGAAGAGGAACGGACUUUAUUCAUCAAUGGUUUUUUCAAGAGGAAAAAUGAAUUCAAUCGUACUGAAAUACCGACAACCGAACCACCACAGCAUACCAAUGAACCAGACGUCAUCAAACGUCUUGACACACUUACCGCUGAGGUUUCUCAAGAUGACGAUGGAAAAGCCUCUGAUGAACCAUCUGAUGAUUUAGACUUUGGAACUCUUCAAACGAAAGUAGACCCUCAUUUCGAUUCCGGGAAACAAACGGAUUUUAAUCAGAAUAUGCCUGCUGCUGUUUUUGAUCAACCAGGACAGGAUGUCCCCGAGCGGCCUGUAUUAGCAACAAGAACAAAAUCAGAAGCUCUGAUGAAGAAGGCCAAUGAUCGUGAGGAUAAUCAUAAGACGCCGGAGGUUGUUCUCGAUCAACCACUACAGGAUGUUCCCGAGCGGCCUGUAUUAGCAACAAGAACAAAAUCAGAAGCUUUGAUGAAGCGUGCCGCUGAUUGUGAGUUAGAUGUCGGCAACGCAUUGACAUUGACUCCGCCAUCAUUUGAUUUAAACAUUGAAGGUCUCCCAUCCACACAACAAUUGAAAGUGGACAACAAAGCACCACAAGACCAGCCAAUGGAGAUACCAAUGGAGACUGGAGAAAUUGUAAAGACGAACAUCGUGCAGCCCCAGUGCUAUGAAGUUGCACUGAUACCAAAACCAAACACCACGGUAUUAGGCUCUACGGAAAUAAAAAAAAUUGCAAGGAGACAACGCCGUAUCAAGAAAGGAAAAAUCAUUUCGAAGUCAUGUCCCUUUGAUGUUGAUUUCUGGAGUAAAUCUCGAAAGUUAAACACUGGCGAUUUUCUCAAGUGGUAUUUGAUUGGUUCACUCAAGAGAGAUCGCAAGUUAAAUGACGGGUUUACGACGACUGAUGUGUUCUUUGACCAACACAUCAAGUCGUUAUAUGCUAUAUACGUUUCACAAUCGUGCAACAAUGGGAUAUGCUCUGUUCAUGAUAUUAUCGUUGACUACAUUAUGGGAUAUAGAAUUAUAUGCGGCUUGUCAUGGUUUGAAGUUGAGGACGUUUUUUUUCCCAUGCACGUGGAAGUAAAUGGUAUUGGGCAUUGGAUAUUGGGUAGAUUGUCAUUCACUGAUAUGAGGUUUUGGGUUUAUAACUCGUAUCGUUCUGUUGAAUGUGAUGCGGUUGUACUAGAAAGUGUACAAGCGUAUGUACGAUUGAUCCCAAUUUUUCUUGAGGUAGUGCAAUUUUACAAAAAAAGGAGUGAUGUCAAUACUGAUGCGGGCGGGCGGAUACCAACAGACGUUAAGAGCCCAUUUGAGGUUAUGAUGGCGACCAACAUUCCACAGCAACUGAACAGCGACUGUGGAAUAUUCGUGGCAUCUUAUGCGGAGCACAUCAUAACCGACGUUGAUAUUACUACAAAGAACUUUGAUGUUGACAUCGAGAGGGAAAGAUAUACGUACUUGUUGUACACCCACGGUUUGAAGAAGCAGCAAAACGAGUGUGGAAGUGAUGAUGAUUCUCUUGGUCCGUUGCCCAAUGAUGUCCGUCUUAGUCUAUUAGAAUGA